AUGGUCACACGGCUGAGGCAACAAACGAGGGGCCUCUGCGCUGUCGCUGCGUGCUUUUCUAGAGUGGGUUGGCCAGAAAAGAUGAGAAAUGGAGCUUGGUAUUUUUCCGGUGCUCAUCAUGGCAAGACAAGCCGCAGUUGGGCAGCGCCAACCAGAUGGAAUGGUCUAAUAAUGAGAGGCGUGCACGAAAGGAAGCAAAAGAAAUGCAGAAGCGAGAACUGCGAAAAAAUAUUGCCCGCCACACAAUGGGGGUUUUUGAGAGAUCCACCUACGGCGCUCCUAAAGAUGCCGCAUCCCGUUUGCAGGCGCCUGUGUUUGGGCCGGGGACCAAGAAUGGGCCCGAGACAGCGUAUGCCCACGCAUGGGCUUCAUGCACGAUCCCGGUGUUUGUGCGGGCCGCUGCAACUCCUGCUUUUAGACAUGCAAACAACGCCAUUUCGCACCGCUCUUGUCGCGCGUGUGUUGCCGUAA